GGUGGCCAAACAAGAGAAUUAUUUGCUGCUUCAUGCAGUUGCAAGACAUUCAGUUGCAAGAUCUAGUUGAGUUCUUAGAAACAUGGUUAAUUUCAGACAGCCUACAAUCAUCCAUCAUCUCAUAAGAACUGACAAUGAGCAGACUGAGAUACUGUCAAACUUCCUAGAGGAACUCACCGACCUAGAGGCAGAUCUCCACAGUAAUUGAGUGUCUGGAUGUGCUAAGAUGCGUAGUGCGGGACCAGCAGAGAUUCUCAGGGCCAGUCAGAAGGACGAUGAAUUCAUCAAACGGCUGCAGAGUGAUGUGAAGGAGAUUGCUCAGAGGCUCAAAGGCGACGAGUGGUGGCUGCGGUGGCACCGACACCUGGACAGUGGCGCCACCUAUGUCUACCUGCUGCUGACGACGGCGGCCGGCCUGCAGACGCUCGGAGAGGAAUACGCCGGCAUCGUGCAGGUCGUGGGCCGGCGCCGGCUGCCCGGAGCGCUGCGCCGGCUGCUGAUGGUCACUCUGCACACGUUCGGGCCGCUGCUGACGGAGCGUCUGGUGCGGCGCUGGGAGGGCCCGGCGCCGGCGCGGCCGCGUCUCAGCACCGUGCUGCGCCUCCUCUAUCAGCUCAACAUCACUGCCUUCUACCUGGGCAGCGCCUACUACCACCUGGACAAGAGGGCCACCGGUAUCCGAUACCUGCUGGUGCGGCCCUGGAUGGGUGACGCCCUCUCUCGCCGCACCUUCCUUCUGCUGGGUAUCGUAUCGAUGGUUCACCUGUGCAUCUCGGGGGCGCUGCAGCUGAGGGGUAUCGCUGCACCGGACCCCUCCAGCCCCACUGUCGGGGUGCCCGCCUCAUCAGACAGCGGGCCGGGAGCUGAUCAGACAUCCUCCUCCGGCGGGGCCGGGCCGUCAGACGGCACCGGCUCGACCCCGGAUGCCGAGGAGGAGGCGGUGCCCCACCGUCUGCGGUGCCCGCUGUGCCUGUGUCGGAGGAGUGUCAGCACGGCCACACCGUGCGGCCACCUGUUCUGCUGGUCGUGUGUGGUGGACUGGCUGCAGACCCAGCCCACCUGUCCGGUGUGCCGGGAGGAGGUGCCGCCGCACCGGGUCGUGGCGCUCAGGGCGUACGACUGAGGCGGAACGGGCGGAGGGGACACUGCGCGAUGAAAGAGCCGACUGGGCGAGUGGGCGCCGAUGACCACCGCAAUCCGGUCGCCCUUAAACCCCAAAUUCAUCAUCAUUAUCAAUAGAGACGGCUUCUGUGACUGCCGUACGUGCCGUUAAAAUGUGGUGCAGUGCAGCAGGUUUGGUCAUUUAGGGCAAUAUAAUGCUCAGUUUCUGUGGUUCAGCAUAUUGCGCAUAUUGAUGAUUAUGUCUGAUAAUGCUAGUUUACUGUAUUCCUCAUGAUAAAUAUGUCUAUUGCAUCUACGCUAGAUAGGCAGUGCCGGGUAGUCUGAAUGUAAUUGAAAUGAAAAUCAUUAUUUUUCCACCCUAUAUACUGUGUAAAAUGUGUGUUAAAACAAACUGUGAUAUUUUCGGGAAAGCAAUAGAGGAUAUGAAUAUGCAAUACGACGUUAACUUGGUC